AUGUUGCGCCAGUUGGUCACGGUGGCAUUGGCCCUCGCUGCCUGGGCAGCUAUGCCACUGCAAGAGAUGGAGGCUUUGCCUGCAGACGACGUCUGCGAAGGGCAAGAGUGCAGCCUCUCAUUGCGCCAGUUGCGUGGCUUGCAGUCUGAGAGUCCGAUUGCUGAGCACAAUGCGUCCGCAAACACCUCCGACAGCAACACGAGCAUCAGCAGCGCCAGCGACGUGCCGACCACGCCCACCAUCGAGACCUCGGGUUCCAAUUCCACCGAGACGGGCAAGGAGAAUGCAGAAGAGCCAGAUGCAGUUCCAGUCACUGCCAACACCCCCGGGCAGAUCUGGUUCCCUGACCAAUCCGAAACUACCGAAACCGACGAUGACGACGUGGGGGAGACCAUCAGCAAAAUCAACGAGACACUGAGGCAGGAGGAGAGGGAGCGGGAAGAAGGUGGCACUUGCUGCUUCAGCGGGGAGAGCAGCAAGGACACCUGUGGGACCUGCUACCCAAGCUCAAUUGCUUCCUACAAGAGCAAGUGCUCUAGAAAGACCUCUUGUCUCGGUGAGUGUCAGGGAACUUGGUGUGAAUCCAAGUGUGUGAUGAGCGCUGCAGAUCCGGCCAACAUGUGCGGCACAGCGUAUCCCAAAGGCACUGCCGUCGAUGGCAGCACCUGCGCUUCGUCCAAAGACGCGUGCAAAAGCUGCAAGGGCGAAUGGUGCCGGGCGGGCUACGCAUCCAACUUCAAGGUCGAGGAGGACAGCUACGGCCGUGAGGAGAGCGUGUAUGUGCCACCCGAGGACACCAAUGGCAUCUGCUGCUACCGUGGAAACACUUCUGGUGCACUUGGCAUGUGUGGCGCAUGCGAGGACGUCGCGAAGGAUGCCACGUGCUCCGAAAAAACCCGCUGCGGAGGCUGCGGAGGGACCUGGUGUCCCGGGCCCAAGUGUGUGAAAGCCUACAAGGACAAAGCAAACCCUUGUGGCAGUGCUUAUCCUAUCUCGGGCAUUGCAGCAGCAGAUGACUACUGCUCAUUGAAUGAGCAGCAAUGUGCGAGCUGCAAGGGCGCGUGGUGCCCCAUCGGGAACAUCACCUACUCCGAUGGCACCAAGUACGACCCCAACGAAGCCUGGCAUGCUCAUGGAGACCAGAGGCUGACUCCUGAGAAUUCCUCGGCGACGGCCCAGGCUGAGGAGGAGGUUCAGAACGACGACAGCAUCUCGGACCUCUUUCCGGACGGGCUCGCAGACCACGGUCUUCCCUGA